AUGGCUGUCAACAUCCCAGGAGUGAUAGCGAUGGCAUUUUUCUACCUGCUGGUGUUUGGGACCGGCAUCUGGGCUUCUUUCAAAUCAAAAAGGGAACAGAAGAGAAGUGCAGCCUCUGGAGCGGACAUGGCCUUGCUCGGGAACCGCAGCAUAGGCUGGUUGGUGGGAAGCUUCACGAUGACAGCUUCAUGGGUUGGAGGAGGCUUUAUUGUUGGCACAACGGAAAUGGUGUACCUGCCCUCUCUGGGACUAACCUGGGCAAUCAUUAUGACUGUUGCAUACUGCAUAGCACUUUUGAUUGGUGGCUUAGUAUUUGCCAAACCAAUGAGAGAAAGAAAAUUUGUGACGAUGAUGGAUCCUUUUCGUGUCAAGUAUGGAGAAGUACUGUCAACUGGACUGUGCCUGGCUUCAAUUACCACUGAUUUGGUCUGGGUACCCACAACACUGAUUGGUUUGGGAGGAACCAUGAGUGUGGUCCUGGAUUUAUCCUACACUGUUGGCAUCUGGAUCUCUGCUGCUGUUGUCAUUUCCUACACACUGCUGGGAGGUCUCUACUCUGUGGCCUACACAGAUGUUAUACAGCUUAUCCUCAUAUUCCUUGGCCUGUGUAUCUGUGUCCCUUUUGUUUUGAUGAACCCUUAUACCUUGGACAUAAGCCAGACGCUAAUGAACAACACCUUGCACGCUCCCUGGAUCGGUGCACCAAAGCUAGAGAAGAUCUGGAUUAUGAUUGAUAACUUCCUCCUUUUGGCACUAGCAAGUCAGGGAUAUCAGUGCUUCCAUCAGAGGACCUUAUCAGCUUCUUCACCGUCUACAGCCAGGCUGGCAUGCCUUAUUGCUUCUUUUGCUGUUCUUGCAUUUGGGAUACCUCCUAUACUGCUUGGGGCAGCUGCUGCAUCCACAGACUGGAACCUGACCACCUAUGGUUCUCCCUCUCCAUAUGAACGUGGGGAGGCAGCUCUAGCUAUGCCCAUCGCCCUCCAGCACCUCUGCCCAUCCUUCAUCUCCAUCAUCGGUAUUGGAUGUUUAGCUGCUGCCGUGAUGUCAUCGGCUGACUCAGUUAUGCUCUCUGCAGCUUCAGUCUUCAGCUCCAACAUAUACAAGAACAUCCUCAGGCCUCAGGCGUCAGACAGAGAGAUUCAGUGGGUGAUCCGUGCUGCAGUGGUGGUUGUCGGUGUGGUUGGUACAUCACUCACCAACCUGAAAAAUAGUGUUGUAACAUUCUGGUUCCUUGGUGCUGAGGUGGCCUAUGUGAUAGUCUUCCCUCAACUCCUCUGCGUCCUCUUCUUCAACAUCUCCAAUGGUUACGGCUCUGUUAUGGGUUUUCUGUUAGGACUGGUUUUAAGACUGCUCAGCGGAGAUGCAGGGCUAGGAUUAACACCAGUCAUACAUUUCCCAGGAUGCACUCUUGAGGAUGGUGUUUUUGUCCAGUACGCUCCAGUUAAGACGAUCUCAAUGUUGUCUUCAGUUUCUGGCAUUCUGAUUUUCUCCUACCUCACCUCUGUGCUCUUCAACAGAGGCUGGCUUCCUGACAAGUGGGAUGUUUUUAAAGUGAAAGCCAAGCACUCAUUACAGUCACACACACCAUCAGGUGGUGCCACAGAACAUAAUGGGAGGGAGAACGUUCACUCCAACAACACUGAGACUGAGGCAUUAAAGCCAAUGAUUGACACAAGCUGAGCUGCAUUAAAAACCGGUUCGUUCUAGGUCUGUAUGUUGUGGCAGAGUCUGGCUUGAUGGGUCUCCUUAAAUAAUACAAAGCACUCUGCAUGUAUACACUUCAAAACAAUGUCACACAGUCUUAGCAACGUGAUGGUCAUCAUGAACACUAGGUCAAUAUUAGGCAACAUCUUCGUCUAUUGGCAGCAUCCAUUGAUCAAUGUCCUUUAGCAGCACCCUGGGGCUCCCCUCCCAAUCUCAAAGGGAACACCAAAGUUCCCUUUGAGAUUAUUAUUUUAACUAGCCAAAACACAUGUCUGUUUCCAUUUUGGAAAGUCCCACAGCCUUACUUCACAUCAACACACACUAACUUCAAACUUCUAAUAAUAUUCACAACAGUUACACAAUAUUAACAGUUACACAAUGACUGAAUGUUUUUGCUCAUAUUCCAGUCCUUAUCAACUAGCUCUUGGUUGAUCAUUUUCAAAUAUAUCUUAAUGCCUUACUCUACAGGGGUGCAAAUUAAAACUUUUCCAAUACAUCCUCAAUCUGCUAAUUAAGGGAGUUGUUGUAAAUGACUUAAUGUGCUUUUCUUGAUACAGCCUUAAAUGUGGUAGUGUCAAAAUAAAACCAGUCUUUCUUAAGAUUA